UAUUUAUAUAAAUACUGGUAGUCACUCUGAUGGAUCUUCUUAUUUCAGGGAGUUGAGAUUGAUAGAAGCCCUCCAAGAGCCUCAUAUAUGUGAAAAAAUCCUGAAGUAUAAAGUCCACAAGGAAAAGAAGGGAUCACUGAGAUUUAACAAAAAGGAAAGUGAAACUAUGGAAACCCUGCAUGGUUUAGUGAACAAGGGAGUGAAGGUAGACCUGGGCAUUCCUAUGGAGAUGUGGGACACACCCUCUGCUGAGGUUACUGACAUGCAAAGGAAGGUCAGUUAAAAAACGCCAGAUGAA